ACAUUAUUCAUUGUCAUCACCUCAAUGCACCCAUUUCAGGAAUCUACUAGCCAUGGAGUUGGAGUUGCAACUGGAGACCAAGCUUAGCCAGAAGCCUAAUCUGGAGCCAAAUGACACCACUGCACUCACUAAAGAGCAACAAGAUAAACUCAACCAGCACAAGGUAACAUCAAGAAUUGAGAACGAGUACUAUCUAAGAAAGCAUCCGGAACUGUCAGUAUUGAUCUCAAACUUUGUCAGUGAGGUCUUACUAACUCGUCCUGCCAAGAUCAGAGAAUUUGCUGCAGAAUAUUUCACUGAUCCCGAACUAUCAGAGAAACACAAGAUUCAAUAAUGACAGCAUUCAUGUACACCAUUUGAGGGCCUAUACUACAUGUACUUCAGAGAAAUUAAGAAUACAAAACAAAAGAGCAGAGCAUGAAAACUUGUACUGGUUUAGCUGUAUAUAUGCUACUGUUGUUUGUUGUAUAGUUAAAAAACUGUUUCUUUUAUUAUCUGUUCUGCACAUAAUUA